AUGGCUCCUACAACUUGGGAAACGCUUCAAGUGAAUUCAAAUCCACACAAAUCCUUACCAAACGAACGUGAAUUCUCGUUUGCAAGAACAGUGCUCUGGAUCGACGCUAGCUACAAAGCGGAAGAUUUCAAGCUCAACGUCUCAGCCUUACCUGAAUGUAAAGCGUGGCAAAAAUACUGGGCUAUAAAUGCCACUACGGUAGACGAAAAGAGUACCAAUACCACUGCUGAGGAAACCCUAGCAUUAGAGAGUGAGUUGAAGGAAGUCGAGCUGAUAGACAACAAGAAAAGACUCAAGAAACUUGGGCUGAACGUGGAGCUGCUGCAAGCGUUCAAGGAAGUCGAGCUGAUAGACAACAAGAAAAGACUCAAGAAACUUGGGCUGAAUGUGGAGCUGCUGCAAGCGUUCAAGGCUGUUGGCUUGCUUUACAAGGAAAUCUGCAGAGAACAUGAGCGAGUGUUAUGGUAUAGGGACACAGCUGAUGCUAAGAAAAUCGGAAUCACUGAGUCAUCACUCAUUUGUGAACCUUUCAAGGUAAACUCAACAGAUAUUACUCUUUCCUGA